AAAUUGCGGAUUGACAACGUCGCGUGAGGUUACCCUAUAUUCUAUAUCAGCGAGUUUCCAGUUCGCUGGCAAAAAUUACAAUAUAAUCAUUGGGAGCGUGGGCGAGCAGAAACGUAUUCACUAAAAAAUAUACCCGCUGCUCAUUGGUUAAUUUUCCCGGGAACAGAUUUCCUUCCAUUGGUUCACGACAAAGGGCGGUUCCGCCGUCAGUCAAGUUUAGUAAUAAGCCAAUCAUGGCUCGUAAUGUUAUCACCAAUGACAACACCACUGACGUCACGUAGGAAUCAAUUUCCGAUAUAGCGAACUCGCGGCGUGUUUGAAGAAAAUUGCUUUUCCCAAAUCGCCGAGCACAUUCACUGUUUUGAGUUCAUGGUUGGUUGUUGCGGGUACCUAGAGCGUAGCUUCGUUUGUUUCUGUUACGACGAUUAAAUGGAUGAGACGGCAAAUCUAGAGGAAAGGCGAGACAACCGUCCUCGCUCGAAUACUUGGCCCCUCCCGGACCCUUCAGAAUUCACAAAAUCUGAACGAGAAGUCGAUCAGCCGAGCUUGAAACAACUCAACGACGGACCGAAGAAAAGUUCGCGAAAAAAUGCCUGGGGAAACUUGUCGUAUGCAGACUUGAUAACCCAAGCGAUUCAGAGCUCCUCAGAGCAGCGGUUGACACUUUCACAGAUUUACGACUGGAUGGUGAACACAGUUCCCUAUUUCAGGGACAAGGGAGACAGCAACAGUUCGGCUGGUUGGAAGGUAAGCUUAUUAUACAUUCCGUAUUUCCUUGUACAUUCGAACAAUCAGAUGAUUUGACUUCUUUUACAGCUGAGUGGCUCUGAAAUUUCACUUUCGCUGCAUUUUUCUGUCGACAAAUUCUAAUGUUAUUAAGUCUGUGUGCCUGUCAUUUUGUUGCAGAAUUCAAUUCGACACAAUUUGUCCUUGCAUAGCAAGUUUGUUAGAGUACAAAACGAGGGCAAUGGCAAGAGCUCCUGGUGGAUGCUUAACCCCGAUGCGAAAGGAGGCAAAACGAGUCGUAGGCGUUCAGGCUCUCUUGAUUCGGCCCCUAAAUCAGAGAGAAAGCGAGGGCGAACGAAAAAGGAGAAAAUUAAAGAAGAAGACGGCGAGUCUCCUUCAAGUCCUCGACUGUCGGUGAAUCGCGCGCGUGACGGUAGAGCAAACUCUCCGGGGAAUGUCUCGCCGACUAACAGUUCUAGUUCUGACUCGUUGCUCACAAUCCCAGAGUCCGAGUCGCCGUUACCUUUCCCUCUUAGCGAAAGCUUUGCUCGGCCGCGAACAUCAUCGAAUGCUUCGACAGUCAGCAGUCUUGGUGGUCGUUUGUCUCCCAUACCGGCUCAUGUGGAUGAACUUGAACUAUCCGUCGAAGAUCAGCAUUUACCUCCGGGUAAUUUCAACAUCUCCAGCCCCCCGAAUCCAGCUGCUGAGGAACUUACACAAAUGGCUGACUCUAUGAGUUUGAACUCGUUAGCAGCAGAAAAUAGAUUAAAACAGACUUUAACACAAGUACAACCAUCGUUACUUCCGUCAGAACCGCCACAUAAUGAGCUCGCUAUCACUGCAUCAAACGGUAUGAAUUCCAGCAUUUCGAACAGUUUUGACACUAGUUAUAAUAGAAGUGGAUAUUUACAACCCAUUCAACACCCUCAGCAGUCUCUCAGCCCAGAAAUACACUCCCCUCAGAAUAUUCCACCUUCACAACCGACCUUCCGAGAUCGGCGUGUAUACUCGCAACCCCUACAGCCUCGCUUUCAGCGACGCAACUAUCAAAGUCCACCUGAGCGGCAGAACACUACACCAGCUCGAGUGAACGACAUUUUCUGUCGCGAUCAAGAGAUGGAAGUGCAGCAUGCACCGGAGAAUAUGUUUCAGAACUUUCAGCCAAGUUAUGUUAAUGGAAACCAGUGUGGCGUUAAUAGCAUACCUCAGAACCAUCAGACCUUUAACAGUUACACCGAUCCCUUCAUUCAGCAUGUCGGGGCAGGUUCACUCAUCAUGGAAAAUGGACUUCAUUCUAUGCAAGGACAUCCAUUCACUAGAGAUGUUAGAAUGACAAAUAAUAAUCAACUGGAAUUUAUGAAUGAAAAGUUCCCGAGUGAUUUAGAACUUGAUGCCUUUCAUGGCGAUCUUGACUGUGACAUAGAGAGCAUUAUAUAUGAUGAACUAAAUAUGGGAGAUGGAGGCUUUGAUAUCAACUUGGAGCAAUUUAUCAACCAGCUGCCUAAUGUAGGAGAGUUGCGUAGUGGUCUCUACUAAUUCAGACAUUUAAUUUAUGGUUUAUAGGCGCAAUAUUUUUUUUUAUAACAGAUUGAGCCUAUGUUUUUACUUCUUCUGGUGGGUUAGUUGAGAAACUUGUACAUAAAGGGUCUCUGUAGGGUCAAGUAACUUCAGAAAAGUCGUGUCUGGGGAGCCAGAAUGAUGACUGAAGGGAAGAAGUUUGUAUUUAACCUAUAGUAAGUUAAGAUGGGUAAGGUUGUAUUAGAACUUUACAAAAGAUAUGUGGAAUUUUUCCUCAUGGGGUUAAAUUCUUCCUGAUUACGUUUUGCAUUUGUACGGCUGUGAACGAGUUCCUGUACAUCUGCACCGGAAUAAACCUUCAUGUUUACAUCCAGUAUAUCUCACAUUAUAUCACAUUGUUUAGCAAGGUUAUUAAUACUAUUUGAUGUUUUGGUCACAGUAUGGUACAUUGCAAAUAUUUGGCUUUUUUUUUCCUCUCAAAUUGCCCAUCAGUUUCUUGCCAUGUCUUGACAGUGCAGCAACUUUUGGUUUAGAGCAAUAUUCUGUUGCCUGCUUUUAUUUCCAAGAUGUAGUGAAGCUGACACUAAUUUACUGUAAGGGCCUUACAUCAGUCUCUUUUCCAAGUUGAUGCUGCAUCUCUUUAGCAUAGUAGAUAGGAAUUGAGAUGUUUUAAGUACAGUUGCAACAUGCUCCAUGUUUGCUAUGUUUUCAUUUGUUGCACAAUUCUUGCAUAAAUUGAAUUUGUACUUGUACAGUUUAGAUCAGUAUGAGAUAUUAUUUUUAGAGAGAGUAUAACUGUUUUGUUAGUUUUGCUCAAUCUUGCUAGACUCGUUGCUCUAUGUUUGCUGCAUUCUGUGCUUGAAGUCUGGCACACAAGUGUUUGAGGUGACCACUGUUUUUUGUGUGGGAAUAAUUUGAUAUAAAAUAAUACAGAAACUUAUAUAGCUGUUAAAUGAAUUGAAUUGUAUCAGUCAAAUAAAUGAAAAGUAGUUGCUUUGUAAUAUUGUGAAUAUCGAUUGGAGGAGGUGACCAAGGUUUCUCCUUUAUAGUAUGUUAAACUUGGUCAUGACGUGCACUGAGUCACAAAAAAAUUAUAUAUCAAUGCGACAUGCCUAUAUUUAUGGUAUUGGAGAUAAUAAAUUAUUUUCUGUUGGCAAGUGAUUCAGUUAUUAAUUACUUAACAACUGGGGAUGAAAAAUUUACCACAAAAUCUUAGGAGUGCAUCAAGUCUGCAGGUAUAUUAAUGGACUGCAGUGACAUGAGAGCAAGUGAACUUUAUUUUAAUUCAUGCUGUGGUUCAGUAGGGCUAGUUGAAUUCUUGAAGAAGCACAUCAUUUCCAUGUGCUUAUACAGCCUUCGCUGGAGUGAUAUAUGCAAAUAUACAGGCGAUUAUUAAGAGGUUCCAGCUAUUGUUUUGUAGCGUGAUACCCGCAGAGCAGACAGGUUCAAUUGUUACAGCCGGAGCCAAUACAAAGAUGCUUUUGUUAUAUGCAGCCAUUUAUUCCCAGCCAGCAAUUAUUUGGCGAACCCUUAGGAAACACUGAAUCAGCUGCUAGAAUUCAAAAGAAACAGAAGGUCGUCAUUCUUUGAUUGUCUCGUGACUGCCGGCAGGGCACAUGAUUCUAGUGAAUACCACCGGGCACUUGAGCCGGCCAGAGUGGAUUUAAAUUCUUCUCAUUUUACGCUAAAUUCGUCGCGCGUUGUAAACCAAGUAGUAUGCUUCAACGCUUAUGGAAUGACUCCCGCGCGCUUCCAGAAUGUUUUGUGAUGAAAAUUCUAAUGAGGAGAAAAUGAAAUGCAGAAAUGGCUUAAAAAACUUUCGUCACAGCAAAGUGGGUAUUUUGUAUCCUCUCGACAGUAUAUGAGACAUUUCCUAUCUAUUGUUCUCCACUUUUGUUUUGCUUCGUCAUGCUUGGCUAAAACCACGCUAUUCGCUGCCGAGUUGAUUCCUAAUUACUGCCGAUGGUAAAUUUGUAUGGAAGGACAAACACUGCUGAAAUAUUUUGAUAAAAAACACAAUCUCGACCUCUCACUUUCAGCUGAUAAUGUUUCAAAGAAAACAAUUAGCCACUUGCAGGUGAAUUUUCGUUGGGAUCCAGCUGUGGUUUCCGCUAUAAAGUGAGCUAGAUGAUAAUGCGACAAUCAAAUAUUUUUUGCACGGCUUGAUAUGUUUGCGCGCGCGGAUCUUUCUUGUUCCAUUCGCGCGAGAAAGAUGAGCGCGCGCGUACCAUUACGACAGCCAUGACAGAGGGAGUUUGAAAAUGCGGUCUGCCUUAAUUUGUUGAGCUCGAUGGAUCAAUUAAAACUGAUCAAACCACGAGAUAGCUGUAAGGCAAUAGUGCGAAAUGAUAUGUCGAUUAUGAUAUUUAAUCCGGCUUUUACAAGUCUGGGCAUGGUCUUGGUUUCCCACGCGAGACUUUAUUGAGCCGGACAAUGCUGCAGAUCACCGUCCAGCUUAGUUCAAUCGUUUUCGAUGUUGUUUGUGCUAUAAAGAAAGCAUAAUGCAUUUGUUAAAAAGGUAGUCUACAGAGCGAUUUGUCUCGCCUGUUCAUUUUCUAUCAAGUAUUGUAUUAUCUAUAGGGUAGGGAAAUACACAACCAAAAUAUUACUUCAUUUCUCAAAUAUCGGUGUAUAACGGACAAAAAUAAAGGACUCAACAAAUCUCGUUAAAUGUGUGGAUGUGACGAUGACAAAUUUGUUCAGCAUAGUAAAAUGACACUUGUUUGUUGCAGAGUAAUAUUUUUAAUACAUUCUUCUGUUUUCUUUAUGGAUAAAGAACAGUCAAGCUCAAGGCUGAAUGACUUUUAAUCCUCAAAGUUAGAACCCACCUCUCGUUUUGCCCUCUGUAUCCGAUUAUAUAUCCCCUACAGCUGAAAUGGAUUAUAUCAAAAAGAUUUAUUGCCUGUAUUAAUUUUCAAAGACUAUUACUUUCAAGAUUAGAAACAGUUGGGAACUUGGCGUUUUAAGAUUUUAACCCCCACCCAGUACCCCUCAGUCCUUGUUCGACCUUUGUCCCCAUGGAGAGUUUAAAAGAGGGAAUAAUUUUUUAAAGCUCUUCAUAUUUUCUUUUGAAAAUGCGUGAUAAAAAAAAAUAUUCCUCAUAUUUGUAGCACUUUCAUAUCAGUAAAUAAUUCCAUUCAGUGAUGCGUUACUACUUUUGAAAUUACAAGGAGGAAAGCAUAUGGAAGGAAAUGAUAAGAAAAGCAAAUAAAAUAGCAGGACAGCAGAAUGGGUGGCAGAAAAACGAGGGGAGGAAUUGAAAAGUAGGACAAGAGACCGGGAUGGAAUAUAAAUGAAAGAAUAAAAGAUGAAAGUGGACGCGAGAGAAAUGACCUUAAAAGGAAAUGUAUUGCGAAAGUCACAUCAAUGUCGCUCUUUGUUCACGGUUUAAAAGUUCUGCCUCUCAUGACAAUAACAUGCUUAUUUCCAAAUGAAGAGGGGUCAUGUGAAAGAUGAAUAAAUUAUGCUGAAAUAUGGCGCCUGCAAUAUUUGAUAUCAGUCUCGAUGUCACAUGCGCAGUAUGUAGUGUAUUUCGCGCGAAACACAGUUGGAGAUUCAACUUAUAUAGCUAAAUAUUGUUUACAAAUGGCUUUUUGCGCCAUAACAUCGGAGUGAUCUCUUCACAGAAUGAUAGAAGGUUGUAUCGUCGCAAAACUGGUACUUGGUAAGUCUUAAAAUAGGGUAGGCGCAUUUAGGGAGAGCUUCGAUAUAAUGCGAAAGUGACAACGUUUUCGAUAGAUUGCUGCUUAAGUUUAAGUAGCACUUCAGAAUUACUCAAUUUGCUAAAUUUCUGACGAUAACUUGUUGGAUGAAGUCUUGAUGGAUCGAUAAUUCUCGCAAUUAUAAAAUGUCAACAAUUGUCAUUUGGUAGAUCUGUCUGUCGUGUAGGUGUUUACAGCGCUAGCUGAAUCUGAAUCAGUCCAAAUUGAAACUCCAAGAUUGAGUUCUUAAUUUUACCAAAUAGUGAUAUUUGAUCAAUAUCAAACAUUGUAUGGCUAUUUAUUUUACUCUCGUAAAAGUAAUAGCAACUUAUACUAUUGAGAACAACAGAAAUAAUUACUAUACACAUUUGAUUAAGCUCCGUGAUAUUUGAUAAAUUUGUCGCACCUCAGAUGCACUGCCUUUUCUCUUGUUAUAUCACCUACCUAAUACUCUUAAAUCUGAUGGUAACAUAGGGGGCAAAAUUACUAAAUGCUGGUUGACUGAGACAGAGGGGAUUUUUCCUUAAAUUUGGUAAUUGCCCUGGGCAAAAUUACUCAGAAUUGAAAACAUUUAAAAAGGCUUAACUCUACCUAAAAGUAUUACAAUUGCAUUUAUGGCUAAUAUUUUUUAGCAGGGCUUGUUUCAUUGCUUUGGUAUUGUGGUACAAAAGUAAAUUUCAUUCAGGUAAUUGUUCAUUUUUCAGUUUAUUGAUGCUAAUGGAAUACUGAAUUGGCUUCCUAUGAAUUUGUGCAACAGCAUGUGGUUUUUUACCUUCUUAAUUAAAGAAACAUUUCCCUUUAUAUUAUAAACAAGUAACUGCAUAUUUCCUUGUAAAAUUAAGGAUGGAUUUCACUUGUGUUUUCAGAAGUUGCAGAAAAAUCAAUGUGCUAAUCAAGCAAUUUCAACAAUUUCUGAAAACAUGUGUGAUAUUUAUCCUUAAUUGUAAUCAGAGUAUGUAAUUACCUUUACUAAUGAGAAAUGCUAGCUCUAGAACCUAAUAUUAUGUAAGAAGUCAUCCUCUGUCUUGUUUUGUUGCUAAAAAAUGGGUGCACACUUUGCAUAAGCUUGCUAUGGCUAUGUUGACAGAAGUCCAGUAUCACCGUCUCCUUGUUGGUUCUCAUCCAAAUGGGGUAGAAGAGAAGAGCUUAACAUUUAUAGCCACUCUAAACCAAAAAUACUCUCUAGAGGGAUUAAACUUCUGAAGCUAUUUGAGGCCAAAUUUUGCAGCACUGUUAUGAGUAGCUUUUUCUUAGAAUUUGUGCCACAUUCUAUGAGUCAUUAUCAGUUGGAUAAGUUUGUUAAAGACUUUAGUCCUACUAUGUUUUAUGACCAAAUAUGAGGGCUUUCGAUCCUUCAUUUUCACCAACAUCUUUUAUUUAUGAUAUACAUCAGUAUGGCUGUAUUAGUAAACAGUGUUACCCCUUAUUUUCAGUGUGACAAGUAAAAAGAAAUUUUCUUUCCAGUAGAACAAUUGUUUUACCUGUUGAAUUUUUAAGAAUUACUAGCCAUUUUAGGCAGGAGGAAGAGCUACUGAAGGCAGCAAAUUUUACUGGUUACUUCUUGGAAAGAGAACACCGAGUAAAGCAAGGUUUUGCCUGUUUUAAACCCACUGAGAGAGAAACUGUUGUAUGAAAUCUAAGGUUUUAGAAUUCAGACAGAGUUAUGGAAGUACAAGACCAAAUAGAAAGAUGGUUACUUCUUGGAAAGAGAACACUAAGUAUGGUUUUGCAUGCUCCACUCGGGACAAAUGUAGAUGUAAACCAGUGGCUGUAAAUGCCUCUGGAAAAAAAAACAACAACAACAACUGGUGAUCAGCGCAUGUGCAGAAAUGUUGGAAGUGCCUUUUUGGAAGAUAUAUUUUAUAUGUUGGAUAAUUUUUUUUUUUUAUCUUUUGAGUUUUUCUAGGAUUAAUGUGCUUGAUAUGUUUCACAAAAGCUAUGUGAUUUAAAUUAUAACAAAAAGAGCCUCUAUAUUACAUGUGAUUAGUGCCUUGGGGAAAAAAAGUGUACUGUAGGGAAAUAAGUUUUUAAAAUAUAUUUUUGCGAAAGAGGGGUUGAAACAAAACUUCACCCCACUGGAAUUAAUGAUUUAAUUUCAUUCUAGUCUUGUUGCUAAAUUUCACAAAAUUUAUGUUUGUUUACUUCUUGGAAAGAGAAUACUGAGUAACUGAAGCGUGGUUUUGCAUGUUCUAAACCCACUGAGAGAAAGGCUGUUGUAUUUAAAUCCAAGGUUUUAGAAUUCAGAAACAUGUGAAUGAAAGUGAUCCUCGCAGUAAUGUGCACUACUUAGGCAGUAGUGAAAAUAAGGCCUGAAAAAAAUUCAGGCCUGUACAGGAUUUGAACCCAUGACCUCUGCGAUACUGGUGCAGCGCUCUACCAACUGAACUAACAAGCCAACUGGGAGCUGGUCAUGAUGUUGGUUCUAAAUAAACCCGUGAAGUAAUGAAUAAAUGGUUAAGAAUAUAUGAAAGUCAUAUUUUUAAUUCAGAAACAGUUAUGAAAGUACAAGACCAAAUAGAAAGGUAUAAAUAACUUAGUGAAAACAGCAACUCUUUGAAUACUGUGAAAUUGGCCACAGAGCUGCUACUCCUGCAAUUAUCACAGUCUGGUUAAAAUAGAAAACAUACUGAAAAAAAAAAAAGAUUUUACUUAAUCUAAUUUAAUUUGGUGUUGCUACAUCCUGCUGGUAUACAGGUAUUCCUCUGAUGCAGAGAGUAAUAAUUCAAAUCAAACAACUUGAUUGAAAAGCACAGUUGAAGAAAGUCACUGUUACAAAUUUGCUAUUUGAAAGUAUGGUUGCCGGUUAAACUAUGAAUAAAUGUAGAUGUAAACCAGAGGCUGCAAUGGCCAUCAUUUGGCCUUCCAAAUGGAAACAAAGCAUCAGUGAUUUUGUUCUGUAAAUGCCUCUGGAAAAAAAAAUUAUAGGUGAUUAGCACCUGUGCAGAAACGCCGGAAGUGUUUUCUUUUGGAAGAUAUAUGAUAUAUGCUGGAUAAUUUUAGACUUGGGAUUUUCAAUCUUUUGAGUUUUUCCUGGAUUAAUGUGUGCACAAAAGCUAUGUGAUUUAAAUUAUAACAAAAAGAGCUGUAUUGCAUGUGAUGAGUGCCUGGGAAUCAAACACAACUUGAUUGAAAAGCUCAGUCAAAGAAAUUCACAGUUAUGAACUUGAUAUUUGAAAGUAUGCUUGCUAGGUUAAACUCUGGACAAAUGUAGAUAUAAAUCAGAGGCUGCAGUGGCCAUCACUUGGCCUUCCAAAAUGGAAACGAAACAUCAGUGAUUUUGUUCUGUAAAUGCCUCUGGAAAAAAAAGACAGGUGAUCAGUGCAUGUGCAGAAAUGUUGGAACUGCCUUUUUGGAAGAUAUAUGAUAUAUGCUGGAUAAUUUUAGACUUGGGCUUUUCUAUCUUUUGAGUUUUUCUUGGAUUAAUGUGCUUGAUGUGUUUCACAGAAGCUAUGUGAUUUAAAUUAUAACAAUAGCAACCCCUACUUUACCUGCGAUGAGUGCCUUGGAAUCAAACAUAACUUGAUUGAAAAGCACUCUUGAAGAAAUUCACAGUUAUGGAUUUGCAAUUUGAAAGUAUGCUUGCUGGGUUAGACUCUGGACAAAUGUAGAUAUACGCCAGAGGCUGCAAUAACUGUCACUUGGCCUUUCAAAAUGGAAACAAAGUAUUGGUGAUUUUGUUCUGUAAAUAUCUGUGGGGAAAAAAAACAGGUGAUCAGCACCUAUGCAGAAAUGUUGGAAGUGCCUUUUUGGAAGAUAUUAAUAUGAUAUAUGUUGGAUAAUUUUAGACUUAGGCUUUUCUAUCUUUUGAGUUUUCUUGGAGUAAUGUGCUUGAUGUGUUUCACAAAAGCUACGUGAUUUAAAUUAUAGUUAAAAGAGCCUCUAUAUUACAUGUGAUGAGUGCCUUGGGGAAAAAAAGUGUACUGUAGCAAAAUAAGUUUUAAAAAUAUAUUUUGCUAAAGAGGGUUUGAAACAAAACUUCACCCCACUGGAAUUAAAGAUUGAAUUUCAUUUUAGUCUUCUUGCUAAAUUUCACAAAAUUUACAUUUGGCUGCUCUUGUUCCAAAUUUGAAAUGUUCUCCAUUGAGGUAGGAAUAUUUUUUGUGUCUUUCAUGCCACUUUAAAUGAUUAUAUCCAGCUCACAAGCACAGUAAAUGGCUAUGCUAUAUCAUGGUAAUAUAACUAAUGUUUCUGAUGUAAGUGCUGCUCGAAAAAGGAUUACUACAAGGCAAAUAUCAAUACCUCAGCGUAAGACAGUAUAGCAUGAAUCUAAUGAAUCAGGUGUAGUUUUGGUUGAUAGUAAAAUGUUCUGUAAAAAUGUUCUCUCUAUGAAAAGCAAUUAUAGUUUCCUUCAGGAAUAAAAUCAAGGUUCAGUGUAUUCCAGAUAGCAUGAUUUUUUUUUUUAUCUCUUGUUAUUCAAGUGAUAUGUUAGUAUUAGUUAGUAUUGUAAAGAUAAAUCAGCCAUAAAAUCAUUGAGAACUUUGGGAGAUAAACUGAGCUUUUGUGUUAUAUAGCCAUUAGAACAAAGAGGAAAUGUCUUUGGUGUGAAUCCUCACAGGAAACUUAGAUUUUUUUGUUGUCCAAGCCUUUUGAUCAACAUGUAUUUUUUUUUUAAGGGAAAAUAUUUGAAGACAGAGUGUACCAAGAAAUAUUGCACACUACCAUAAUUAAAGAAUAUAUGUGGCCUUAAGCUCCAUCAUGAUAUUGCGUAAGCUGCUAAAUUAUACUUUUUAAAAAUGGCAAUCAUUCAAUAUCAAUUGUCACUUGAUACCAUGUCUGAGAAAGUGUCAAGAACUGUCUGCUACUCUUGUAAACAGGCAGAUUGCCAAACAUGUGACUGAAAUAAAUGGUUUUUUUUAAGAACACAACGGAUCAAGAAAAAUCCAGAGAUAAUAUGGACACUUGAUAUCAUGCUUUCUAAAAAGUGCUUAAAAUUAAAAAGAAAUCUCAGGUUUUUUUUCCUCUUUUCAAAUUUGGGACAAAAUUUGGUUUUACUUUAUAAAUCCUUUAUUUCCUCCUAAAAUGUUAAGUAAAAAUUUUUAACAUAAGAGGAAAGAAACAGAAGUUAUUUUUAGAAGUUAAAGGUAAUGUUUUCACAGUAUGGAACAACAUGUGCAGCCACUGUAAUUAACUUAUUAUUACUUAAUUCAUCAGGAACUUAAUUUUGUUAAAAUGGAACAGACAUAUUUUGUAAAACUUUAAUUUUGCAAUUUGGCCAAAAUAUAUAUUUAUUAAAUGGAACUCCAUUUUGCAAAAACUGUUAAAAUACUGAUCUGCAAACAAACAGCUAGUUUCAGAAUUCACACAACCAAUUUGUAUUUUCCAUACCAAUACUUUCAAAUGACAUUGAAUAAAACUAGAUCAUUACAAAAUCAUUUCAAAAUGAAAGUGAUAACUAUUUGACAUGUUCCUUUGCAACAAAGCAGAGCUAUACAAGAGUAAAUGAAACUGUCUAUUUGCACUCACAGCUGAAGGACAUUGUCAAUUUCUUUAAUGGAUCCUCAGGACAAAAACCUGAUUCACCCUUUACAACCCCAUCAACUGCUUUCUCUCAUAUUUUGGCAAAGCAGCGCUUUCCCACUUUGCUAGUCAAGUGUAUUAAAUUUUGAAUGGUUGAUUUCCACCAAAACUUUUCAAUUGAGUCUAGGAUUUUUAGAUUUUUUAACAAUCAUAAAAAUUGCAGGGAUUAAUUCCUGUGAAAAUAAGUAACAAUAUGGUAGUUGUAGAAUUGAUCUUUUAUCUAUAAGCAUCAUGAUUAUUAGCACUAGAACAAAAUAUCCUUGACCUGUUAAUCUGAGGUGUUUUAAUUUUGGGCAUUUUACACUCUUUGAAUUAAGGUUACCUGAAAGAUGAGGGACUUUACAGAACAUGUGCUGCUUUCCAAGAUGAAUGCUCUCUCUUCUGUGAUGACAACAAGGAACUAAACAAUGUACAUGUUUAUUGCUUUAUUCAGUGUAUGGUUUGAACCCAGGAUUAACAUUUAAUUGGGUUGUCUGUUUUUCUGGGUUAGGGUUUAUUUGAAAAGGACUGUUGUUGGUUGAAGGGAAAGAUGUUUGGAAAACCUCAGCUGAAGUCAUGAUCAGAGUCCAUUUAGGAAUAUUUUGUCAGUCAAGUGUUGUAAGUCUGGUUCCUGAAAACUGGUUAUCAGUUUUUUCCCUGAUGUUACCAGUUACAUGUAUAAGACUUGGGUGAUCACUGCCAUCUUAAAUCUGAGGCUCCCCAAGCUACUUUGGUCUUUUAUUUUCAAUUCCAAGGGCUAGCUGCAAAAUUUUUUACUGAAAAAUCAUCCCAAAAAAAUCAAAGGACAUAUCUUUUUCAUCUGAUCAUCUGCAUGUAAAAUUUCAAAGCUGUCAAAUUCUGUCAGCAUCCAAUCUGCCUAUUAGACCAGCCAGCACAGUUUGCCAAAGGAUUCCAACUCCAAUUUUAAGUUGUGUUAAAGUUUUAGACUCUCAAGUUUUGCAACGAAAUACAAUUUUUGCCUUUCUAGUAAACUGAUUUCAGUUCAAUUAUACGUUGAUUAUAGCUUUUACAACAAACAAUCACAGUUUUGUUUAUUUGGUCAAUUUUGUCCAGUUUUUACUUGGGACAAAUUUGUCUGUGGUGCGUUUGAAGAUUUAUCCACUUCAGCCAAAAUCUGUUAAGUCGCGACAAACAAUCUGCGCUUGUGAGAUGUUGGUGAUGACAGAAAAUUUGUCUAAAUAAACAACUUUUUCAUCAGUGUGGAAAGGCCCUUAGACAAAAUUCAAAAAUAAGUCUCAGACUUGUCGAACAGAUCAUCAGAAAUUCCGAUAAGUUGACAGGAUUGAUAUAUUUAAUAGUUUUCAAGAUCCAAGAGUUUCACAGUACAGUUGUCCUCCCAUGUGCUAAAUGGCAUCUUCCUUUCCUCUAAUCAUAGUACUUAGCCUCUUUGUUAUGUCUGAAUGACUUUCCAUCUACAAUUGCAGGUCUUUCUUACAGCUGACCUUAAAACAAUCUUAGAUGAUUAUUCUCAACUACGAGAAUCAGGUCUGGUAAAAAAAAUUAUAAUUUUUUUUGUAUCUUAUACUUUUUUUUUUUUUUUCAGAAAUUUACUUGAACUUUAGCUUUGCUCAUGCAACAUGAAGGUUACUGUCAACAAAAUGUGGUCAAAAUUUUUGUUGUUGUUGUUUAGUUAAGAGAAAGCAUUCAGUUGAAUUUGCUAAAAAAAGAUUAGAAAAUCUCCAAAAGAAUGCUAGACAUGGCUGAAAGAGUCUUAUAGAGGAAUUGGUAAGAAUAGCAAAAGGGGUCAUAAACCAAACGGCAUCCAGCAGAGUAAUGACCUUUUCCACAGGCUUUUGUCCUGGAUCUUGAUGUGCAUAUUUUGUUUACAUCACAUCUUGCAUUACACAGAAGGGAAUUUCUAGCGCAUCAUGCAAAAAAAUUGAGAAAGACGUGAAAGACUUUGUGACGAGCUUUGCCAGGGGUUUAAUGUUGUAUUUCAUUGGUGGGUGGUAUGACCGCAUCGGCACGUGCCUAAAUGAGGUGCGGAAACUGUGAAUUUCUUUUAUGGCUGAUUUUUCAAGAUUAUUUUUAGGUGACUUACCUCCAUGUAAACAAACUAAUAGGGUAUGUAGAUUUUUCAGAUUUUGAUGAAACUUGGCCAGAAAAUCUGUCAUACAUUAACGCGCCAAAGUGUGUGAGGCUUAAAUUAAAUUAACUGCUGGAUGACAAAACAUGAAUUAUUUUAUUUUGUCCAAUUUCAAAAUAGAUUUUCUCAGGAACCAAUAGGAAUAUCAAAAAAUGUCACACACUUUGUCAGCCUAUUAUCUGCUGAGUGAUGCAGUUCCGUUUGUUUGGCCAUCUGUGGUAAUGUGGAGGUUUGUAAUUCAGUUGAGCAAAUGGCGGCUAAUUGGUGGUUUAAGGCUUGCACACACUUAACACUGUGAAAACUUCUAUUAUUUUCAAAAUCUAUACUUUUAGGCUUAACAAUGAUAUGUAUUUUUCUUUGGUUUCUAUUAAUAAAAGUAGCAUGCGUAGAACAAUUUUUAUUCUGAAUUCACCUUAUUUUGUUGACGGUAACCUUAACUGGUUGUUUUUCCUCAAAACUGAAAUGCUUUUUUAGCAAGUAAACACAAGAAAUUAAAGGGGCUUUUGGGAGAGAUAGUUGGAAUCAUGAAGCUUAGAGGUCCAUUGUUAACAUCUUACAGGAUUGUGGGGGUCUUUAAGGUUUUUUUUGGUUAUAAUUAUGUCAAUCUUUCUCAACAAUGGAGAGGUGUAAGCCCUGUUCAAAUGGUUAUGAUAGCUGAUGAUAGUUUCAACCAUCACAUGUUUGAACACAAACUAUCAUGCACUAUCAUCAGCUAUCGUGUACUUUAAACAUGUUCAAAUUUGACAUGAUAGUUGAUGAUAAUUUUUGCUGUUUAAAUGAGCAGAUGAUAGUGAAUAAUAGUUUUUUCAGUUAGCAGUUUUGCCAAGAAGGGCUCAAACAUAAAUGGCAAAUGGUAAAAUAACCAAAGUAGCCUCCUAAAUUUUGCAGAAUGUCUCGUAGUUCAUUCUCGUCAUCUCCUGGUAGGCUUCAGUAUCUUUAACUGGCAACUUCUGAACUGAGAUUUCAAAUUCCACUGUAAUUGCUGACCUAAGCACCCGUCAUAUUUCUUUACAAUUACGCAAUUACGGGUAGGUUUCAUGAUUUUGUCAUCUAUCACUAACUACGGUAUCCUAAACCAUUUGAACACAAACAUGGUAGUCAAUGAUAGUGAACAAUGGUGAAUGAUAGUUGAAACUAUCAUUGAGUAACAUCAACUAUUAUAACUGUUUGAACAGGGCUUUACACGUGACAUUACAUUAUUAGUAUUUUUUUUUUUGGUGUUUUGUCUCUAGGAAGGGAAAAUGGCAUGAUAAGUGGCCCUGCUGUUUUAAAAUCACUGUGGAAUGAUUUGGAUGUUGUGAUUGGACAAUUGAAGUGAGUGUGACAACCAAAAUGUAUCUUUCAGUAUUGUCAGCCACAGCUUGGUAGCUGGGAAUUAAAAAGUAAUGCUGAUCUUUUGUGCAAGAUUUGAGUCUGUUGGCAGGUCUUGAUCAGGGUUGUUGCUAAAAUUAAAGCUGCUGUCUGAAAUGUCAAGUGAGGUAACUCAAAGCUGGCACUUUGCAUGCAUCAGGUGACCUGGCCUGUUAAUCAAAUUUUUGUCCCAGUUUUUAUGCCAGGCUUUGAAUGGGGGCCCACUAAGCCUCACAUUUACUAAGUGGUGAACACAAGUUAUGGAAAGAAAUCAAGACAUAUGAGAGCUCAAAACAAUGUUUUAUUUCAAUUAUUUUAUUUGUGGUUUUGUCACUAAUACUCAGGUUAGUUAGGCAUGUAUUUUUAAAAAUGUUUUUAAUCCAACAGCAGCGGUCAAUUUUAAAUGAUUGUGAGUGCGUAACUUCAGAAGUGCCUGUUGUGCUCUACUGAGUGAUCACCAACCAGAAAUCUAGCUGGCAAUUACCACUUUUUCAUCCAGCAAAUCUACCCAUCAGAUGGCACUUAACGACAACCCCACUUAAUAGUUUACAAUUACCCAUUUAUGGGACUUCUGGGUGGAGUGAAGAAUUUUGAGAGUACCGUAUCUUGAUCUGGCCAGGCUUCAUGUCAUUCAAAUCAAAUCACUCGCUCCCAAUUCAUGCAUGUUAAACACAAGCCUAUCCCUGUACCACACAUGAAAGGCUGUGUGUGUCUUGAAAGCUAUUGAAUUCUAAUGUUCUCUUUCAUGGUCUUGAAAGUUUGGAUAGAUCUGCAGAAUCCUAUUUGAAUAUUUCAGAAUUGUAUAUGAUAAAAAUCAUAAUUUACCAGUUAAUUAUGAGAACUCCUUUUUCAGAUAUGCUACGAUCCCUUCAAGCACGCCAAAAACUUACACAGUCAGUCAGUCAAGUAAGUUACUUCAAGAAAAAGAGAGUGUGAAUUUCAAACUGCCUCUUAUUACAGAGCUCUUUGAAACCUCCAUGGAUAGUUUGUAUUUAAUGACUUCACUGUUGGUUAAAGAUGUAAUUACCAACAGGUAACUGCAUAAAAUUGAUAAUAUGAAUCACUUGGUUUAAUUAAUACUUUUUUUUUGCCAAAUACUAGUAACAAUAGAAAGCUGCAGCUCAUUUUGGGGGGAGGGGGAGACAGGAACCUAAUUUUCCAUGGAUGACGAGAGACAGAGUUGUAAGCAGAGAGAAAUGAGAUUUUUGUAGUUGAUGAUAUGUUGAAUGCCUCUGAUUGCACUAUCAUAAUAGUACAAAAGAACCCUUAAGAGACGAUUGAAGUGGUAGUUCUUAGUAUCUUGAAAUGACUAUUAUACUGGUUGGAGAAAGUAAUGAUUAUGAAUAUUGUUCUUGUUGUGAUAUUCUUGUUCUCUUAACAGCUCGCACAAGGCGACUUAACAAUGGCCGCUCAAGAAGAAGCUCAUUACCAAAAAGCCAAGAACAGAGAACAACAACCACAAAAAGCCCUUCUCUCCUGCCUCCUGCUAAACCAACUGGAAACACUGCAGCACUUAAACUUCCUUUACCAAGGUUAUCAACCAAUGGAUUGUCAUGGAAUGUGUCACCUUCAUUGAACAAAAAUUCUCCCUUAGGCAACCAGGUUAUAAGUCGUCACUUAGUGAUUCAAAGUAGUCAGUCAAAUGUCAGCAAGGAGCAACCCAUAACUUUACCCAGAGCAUUGACUCCUGUAGGAUCUCCUGUUACAGUAACCAGUCCAUGCAUUGGAGGGAAUGUUGAGCCAGCCAGAACUGUAAUAAAUGUGACUCCAACACAGUCUCCUAUCACCAUAAGGGUCAGUGAUGAACUUGCCAAAAGUGAUAAUGUUGUCCAAGACUUGUUCGAUGAUGUAGUAGCUGGUGAUUCCUCUGGGGGCACUGAGUUUGAUCAGCAGAGAACAGAGAGCACAGCUCCUCCUGUGAUUGUAGUUGAUGAGGAUAUGGACAAGGACCAGACAACAGUGAACAGUGAUGAAGACUCUCUUGCCCACACUCACCAUAACUUGAGCCACGAUGAAUUACAUUUACGCUCACCAAAACGUAAAGGGUGAGGAGGCUUUCAUUUCAUCUAAAGUAUCCGUGACUAAAGCCCCCAGCUUAAAAUGUGAAUAGUUUUUUUGCUUGUUUUUCAAGUAAGGAAACAUGACAUUGUGAAACGAUAGUCACAAGUUCAAGACAAAUUUGAAAUCUGAGUUCCUCAGAAGGAUUCGUACCUUAGAACAUAAUAUUUUGCCAGCAGGUGCUUAGCAAGUUAGGUGGUGGUAAGUUAGGCCACCCAUUAAGCUCACAUUGGACAAGUGCCCUGCAUGCUGUUAACCCUUUUUUCCCUUAGAGUGACUAAUAUCUGAUUUCUCCCUUAGGUAUCACCCCUGAAUCACACAUUAAGGUCAUGAGAAUAAAGGAAAUGAUCACCAAUUAAAGAAGCUCCUGAUUGUUAAACAAAUUCUCCUUGUCAGCACCCUAGGAAUGUAUCUAGAACAGUAUGGAGAAUUUGCAUACUGAUGUUAGGGUGUAACAGGUUAAGACUGGAAUUACUAAUCUGAAAUAGUGAUUCAUGAACUUUGAUUGCAGUCAAGGUGAUAUACAAAUCUGGAUAAUCACUGAUAAAAUAACUUGACUAAAAUCUUUCAAUUUUUUAAUCUGAAUGAUAUAAGAAAUUGUUUUGUCAGUAUUUGUUUGCUUUUCUUUUUUUUUUUUUGUCAUGCUAGAAUCAAUUUAUUAGUUUUUAUUCAUAGGAUUCAGCCAAAGAGAAGAACCCCUCAAGGUGGCUUAGGGUAAGUUACAACAUGUCAUUUUGUGCAGUUGUGGCAAAAUCCCAAUGUUUUCUAACCGUUAAACCUGAUUGUUAAUUCUCCCUCACAGCUGCUACCCAUUUUCUUGUAAAUUAGUUUGGAGAGUUUUGUGUUAGAUCAAGAUAACAACUUCUACCUGAUAAGUUUCAGUAUUCUCAUUAUCUGUUUGCUUGAUAAUUUAUGGAAAUUAUUAUUGAUCACCUCUGGGAUUUAAAGAGUUAAAAGUAAUUAGAGAAUUAUUAACAUAGUAUGGUAAUUAGUUAUGUUACAAUGAAAAACACUCCCCUGCAUAGAGCCAGAUUUGGUUAUAGAGUAGUCUGUCCAAAUUACCUAAUUGUAAUUUUUUUGUAAGUAUUAAAACUCAAAUUUACUCAAAGAGGAUUGUGUUUGUUUGUUUGUUUGUUUAUUCUUCAAAGGACUUCAGGAGCAUCCCCUAAUUCACCCUCUAAGCAGGUGCCAGCGUCUGCAGAAGUUGAAAUGGACCUUAUAUGUUCAUCAGAUGGUCUGACUCCUGUAAGUAUUUAUUAGGGAAGAUGUGCUUUAAAGGAUCAGUACCUAAUUGACAUGAAGAAAUGUGUUCACCCUUUCACACUCAGGAUUAACCAAAAAGGAAUUUCACCUUACAAUAUUUAUACAUUUUUAAGCAUGACAAGAAGAACAAAAAAAAUAUUAAUAAGGGGAUUUUUUUUAUUUAACAUAAAAUCCUGUGAUCUUAAAUUGUAAGGAAUGUUCCAAAGACAGUGCUGAGACUUGGGAGUCAAAAGAUGAAGGUAAAGCAACAUUGUAUCAAAGCAAAUGAUAAGGUGGUGAACUCACUCCCUACACCAUGAUGAAAGCCAAGUUACCUGAACAUGUUGCUGAGGAAACCUUUGUAAUGAAAAGCCCAGUGGGAUACCUGUGAUGGACUCUUGGUACCUGCACAGAGAUACCAACUCACUAAGUUGCUUUAUGUUAAUAAAAAAAAAACCCUCAGGAGAUUCCUAAUGUCUCUGAUAAUCCAACUGGCUAUCCCCCUCCCCCCCCUUUUACUCCCAAAGGCUUCACUUAAAAUCAACUGAGAAUUCAUGCUGUUAUCAGCAGUGUAGUGAUAUUACUCACUUUUGUUGUUAAUCUUUCAAUCUUACAGCAAUCUUUCCUGGGUACACUGCUAAGUACCCCUCUGUUGCAAGAGAAACUUGCAGAAAAUAUCAACAAAGUUGUUGGAGGGUAAGGAACAUUAGUCUUUGCUUCCAGUUACUAUUAACAUGAUCAUAUAGUGGAACUUCAAUUCAGGAAAUAUCCCUUGGAGUAUAAAUAGGGCUCCCUAACCAGAGGAUUCUUUUGAUAAAGGGAACAGAAACAAGUGUCAUAGGAUCAUUUUUUUCUGCCUAGACUAACAUUUGUUUCCCUUGGAUGGAGGUGUCUCAAAAAUAGAAGCUUUUUUAUUAUUUUGCAGCUCAAGGCAGCAGUCUGUUGGUGAUGAAACACCCAUCGAUCAUACUUCACACAGUUUGAUGACAACAGAGGCAAGCAGCAAUGAUAUGCCCACUACAUUAAACCAGGUAAUAAGACAGUUAAAACCAUUUUCAGCCUCCUCUAUUUCCUCAGAUUACUGUGAAUGUGAGGUGGUUGUUGCUUUGGUACUCUUGGGAAAACAUUGGACCUAAUAUUCAAUGUACUAUGUUUGUGUUUGAGCUGUGGCUUGGUCACUGUGUUUCUUGGGUGAGACACUCUCACACAGUGCCCCUCCCUUUCUCCCCCCCCCCCCUCAUGGGGGGUAGGAGCUGUUGCCUGUGCACUGUGUUUCUUGGGUGAGACACUCACACAGUGCUUUUCCCCCCAUGGGGUAGGAGCUGUGGCUGGUCACUGUGUUUCUUGGGUGAGACACUCACACAGUGCACCCCCCACCCACAUGGAGCAGAAGCUGUGGCCUGUGCACUGUGUUUCUUGGGUGAGACACUCUCACACAGUGCACCCAAGGGGAUAAAGAUUUUUAGCCUUGAGAGGAGAGAGACAUGGUGGAAGUUUGUUGUGCCCAGGAACCCUGAGCACAAUUCAAUAAGAUUACUGAAAAUAACAUCAGUGUUUGAGGGAUGGGGGUUGUUUGUGCUGGACCAGUUUCCACCAAGAAGGCACAGGAAUGCUUUAACCCUUCACACCUUAAUACCUGGGACAUGUUUCUCAAAGAUCCCAGUAGCUUAAUGGGCCUGUAAAGCUGUUCUGGUUUCAGUCAAGAUGGGAUUUAAAAGAUUUUGAAAAUUUUACAAUAAAACUGUGAGCUAAAGAGACAAAAUAGACUGGUUGGGUUGCAUAAUUUACUUCUCUAUUCUUUAAAUUUUAAUUUUAAAAUAUGGCUUUGGGCUCAACAAGUUACCGGGACUUUCAAGAAAUGGGCCCCAGUAUCCAUAUUCCUCAUACGGGAGAAAUCGUUCAACAAUCAAAGCUUCUCUGGUUGAUGAUUUUUCCUUUAUUCUCAUGGUCUUAACCCUUUAACUCCCAUGAGUGACCAAGAUAGAAUUUCUCCUUACAAUAUCAAUACAAUAUCAAGCAGACAAGUGAUGAGAAUAAAUCAAAAUCUUAAUUAGGGGAUUAUUAGUUGAUCCACUACCAAAUUCUCCAAACUAACAUCAUGAGAACUAUAUAGCAGACAGUAAGGAGAAUUACUAAUGAGAUCUUGGGAGUUAAAGGGUAAAUGAAUGAUUCAGCAGUAUUACUGUAGGAAGGAAUUAGAUGUUGGUCACUGCUAGGUUAAAAUUCAUGUUGAUUCAUCAAAGAUUGCUCUGCUUCACUUUUGUUAUGUAGGGUGGUAAUGAUAUUCCUGUCAAGGAAAUCUUAGAUUUGAUGCAGGCUGAUCCAGCUUUUGAUGUCCUUUUCUCAGUAUUUGGACUUGGUGAGUGUGAAUUCUUUCGUUAGUGACUUGUACGUCAGAGUUUUCAUUUAAGCAUUUGAAAGCUACAGUAGACUUGUCGACGGGCUAGGCUGUAUUGUGGGGUUUCUUGUCCUAAGUGUUUUAGUGUCCUGUGGGGAGGUAGCCUGUAUAGUCUGCCAACAAUUAUUGUUCGGUCAGUGACUGAUUUGGGAAUCUUGUUAUUAAAACAGAUGCACUAGACGCUUUACCAUCAACAGCCCAUGCUCCAGCAGACACAAGCUUAUGUGCUGAGGUGUCGGCUGAAUCAAGUCGGCCGAUGGAUUCUCUUUGCAGCUUGCCACCAUCAUCUGCUGCUCAACUUCCGGGUAAUGAAAUUAUUUUUAUCUUCCUUAAAAAAGCUUAGAUUUUGUCUUCUAAGUGAAGUUGAAUUUGUAAGAUUCCUUAAUGUAUCGGUAAUUUUUUUUGUUCAACGUGAGGUUGAUGCAAAGCUCUAUUGUGAAACUCAGAAAACCGUGAACAGCAGGAGCAUUUGUGGAAAUUUAAUGAAAUGUCAUUUUUCCUCAAGGAGAAAGUCAAUUUGCUGUAGGAAAACUGAACCGCGAACAGAAAAGCUCUAAGACAUAAUUAAACAGUGAACAAGGGCGACGAUACCGUUUUUCUUAGAGGGAUGUACAACUUAAUAAACUAUAUUAUCAGCAUUGACAUAGUUGAAGGGAAUCGAUAAAUGUAUUGUUAUUAUUAUUAUUUUUCUGUGACAGUGCACAGGCUAUUAUUAUUAUUAUUAUUAUUAUUAUUUUUAUUUUUAUUAUUUUUAUUAAUAUUACUAUUAUUACAUUUAUUAUUUUUUAUGACUAUCUGUAUUGUCAUCAUUAGCAUUGUCAUUAGCUUUUUUAUUGUUAUUUUAAAUAGGUGCCCUCGACGUUUCCUCUUUUCCUGAAGAAAAUCAAUCUCAUUCGGUAACCAAUGCUAACACCAUUUCACCACCAACAUCAAUUCACCAAAGCUUAACCUCGAGUUCCUCGUCCACUUCAGAUUUGCAUCUAUCAGGUAUUUGUCGUUUCGUGUGGAUAUUUAUGUAGAAGUGAAAAUUUAGAAGCGCCUAACACAGUAGAAUAAGGAAAACCAAAUGAUGGUACUGAAGGGCUGGAAACUUGGGCCUUCUUAACGUGUGGGACGGGUAACUUUUCCAUUCGGAUGGGGUAAAUUAUGAUCUCUUUUGUCCGACCAUCGCUGGAUUUCGGACAAUUUCGUCCAAACUCGAACGCUAUCCUCCAAUUUGUGACACUGACGUCCAACUUCACCCCCUUACUUCCGAUUUCUGACGCGAUUGUUAAAACAGCAUGUAAUCUAGGAAACAUUCCCUUCCCUGUUUUUUUUUCGCGCGACAAGAAUGAUACUUUUGGCGACCGUUUUGAUUUACAUGUAAAGGGUUGCCAUACGGUGACUGAAAGAAAAGUUGAGUUGGAACCUUUCAAUAGUUCACCCUACCAACAGUUCUUCCACAAACUUUAAGGCGUCAACAAUCUGAACUCUCUUGUGAGUUAGCCUCGGGUAGGCAGCCCUACAUUACUUCUGGCUGCCUUGACGUGAGCCAUUUCAUAGAAAUCACAUCCAUGUUCUACUUUAUCCGUAAAAACUCCACCCCUCCCCCCGCCCCCGAGUUAAUUUUUUUCAUUUAUUUCUAUUUUUCUUUUCAGCCACUAGUAUCGUCACUGAUGCGUUACUCUUACUGGCCGGCAGCCCGCAGAAGAUUCCUUCUCAAACACAGUCACACUCUGUUCACGCAGUAAGUUAUCAGAGCACUGAGAAACAUUUGCCCAAAACCCCACCCGAGGAGACUACUCAAGGCCAGUGGUCUACAAACAGCAGAGAGUCCAGAGUUAAUUCUUCCUACAAUCGGCCCAGUUUGAUCACGUCAGCCUUUCCAUAUGUUCGUGCGCUCGAUUUUAAUCUUGGAAGAACACCAGAGCCUACCAAGAGGGGUGGAAAGAGAAACAAUAAAAGUAACAAAAGCGUUGGCCAGAAAAUGACAGCAGAUAAAAGCGACAAAGCAUCUUCAAAUAAGAAAAAAGCAAGGAACGUAAAACGAAGUGUGGGAGCUAGUAACUCGUCAUCUUCAUCUUCAUCUAGUACUGCCAUUUGCAACAGUAACGUGCAGUCUGUGACGCCCACGACUGUUUCAAGAAGCAUGAACAUAUGUGCUGCGCAAUCACUAAACAACUGCGCAAGGCAAAGGAAUCUCAUUUCCUCUUCUGUCGUUGAUGUUGUACCCAGUGCUCCUCCUAUCGUUUGGUGUUCCAGUGCUAUGAGCUCUUCCACCACACCCUCUGCAUUUCCAGACACUGUUUGCAGUUCAGUCGUCAGAUCAACCCCCUGCCUGGUAACCUGAUGGGAAUCUCCUCUUUGCAUAGUAACCUCGCCGAAACCUCCUCUUUGCAUGGUAACCUGGCCGAAUCCUCCCCUCUUCUUUCUUACCCGGCCGGACCCCCUCCUUGUCCAACACCAGCGGCAGUUACAUACGUCACUCUAGGAUCAAGGCCUGGCGACUCACCCGUCACAUCUGCCAACUUGGUAGCUGAUGCAUUUACCGCACCUGUCAGUGUCCCCACCACAGCAGCCAGACAGCCCAAAUCCCAUGCCAGUCAUCCGAGCCCAGAGAGCGACAGUCUUGUUCUGAUGAACCCCAUCGGUUCUAGCUUUCACCCUGUCCCUCCUACCGUCAAUUUUUCUACCAGUACCUCAAGUCAUGUACCAUCAACAGUCACUCUUGGCAACAAAGGUUUUGGAUCGUCCCCUUCCUUCCAACAUUUGUCGAGUACCCUAACUGUUCAGGACAGUCCGGUGAACCCAGUCGCAUGGAGCACUACUCCCUCUCCUAAUCUCACCAGUUCAGUCAUUAAUCAGCUUCCGUUACCCACCAGUCUUGCACGCUCUAACCCAGCAAAAAAAUUCGGUGCGUCGCUGUUGUCACAAGCUUUCAACACGUUAACUCCAACGUCUUUAAUAGGAACUGAUCGUUGUGUUUUACGUGAACAAUUCACAGGCUCUUCUACUAAUGAUCGAAAUUCAAUGACUGGUCCAGGACGAAAUGUGAACGAUCCAUCACUGACUGGAUCGGUGGCAAGCAACACAGAAAUUACAACUACAACGACGUCUUCUGAAGCUUCACACUCUUUAAACGCUCCCAGUUCGUUACAAACUUUUGCAGUAAAGCAUAAGAACUCUGAAGAACCUCAAAAAACAAACCAGGUUGCCGAAGAGAGUAAUCUGGGGGCACCAAACACCACGCCUCGCUUAGCUUCAGAGUCGACACUUGAGCCACAAUCUUUAGAAGAAAAUUUAGCAUCUAAAAGUGAUGAAAAAUCACAGAGAAACACUGGAAAGGCAAACGAAAAACAUAACGAUGAAAUACCUCACAAUGGUUCUGUGAAGGAUUUAACGAGUUCAGGAAUUCAUACGGAGGCGCUGGAAAGCAAAAGUGGAAGUACGGAUUCUUUGACAACAAAUCCGGUUAGUGGUGAUCUAACGAAGGAAAACUCCGCAGGGAUGGUACAGUCAGGAUCGAAUUGCGAAUUAGAAGGACGCGUUUCAUUAACGCAGUCAGGGAAAAGACGAAGGGAUUUACUGGAGAGGGAAAAGGUAAGUAGAUGAUAUCGAAAGUAAGAGAGACUGAAUUGCUUUUGUUUUACCAGACUUUGUGGUUGGUGUAGAAAACUCGGGCCACCCUAGUAACCAAUCGGAUGCCAAACUAAAGCCAAUCCAGACUCGGUCAGGCGCGUUUUCCACGUUUACGGCCGUUUACAUAUUUGCGAGGUAACCCGAUCUUGAAGCAGCGCAAGAGUCGCUGGCCGCGAAAACGAGAAAAAGUCAAGUUAAUUAGUUUUCUGAUUUUAAUCUAAGACAGUUUUCUUUACCCUGAACCGUCUUUGUUCUCUUUGUUUCAUUGUUACCUUUCCGCUGCUGUUCUUUCCUGUAAAACCUUUAUUUAAAACUUUAUUGCAAUUUAAUAACACGAUACACAGCACAAAACUAAGAACACAAAUGAACAGAAUUCCUUUAUUUGAUUAUGAAGAAUGUUACCGAUAUGUACCAUAUUGUUUCGUUUUAAGGAAAAGAACACAAGAUCAUUAUCUCGACCUUCGAAGGUUUGUUGCAAUAAAUCUUUUAGUUAUUAUUCAACGUUACUUUUUAAGAAAAAGAACGUACAUUGAUUUUAGAUAAUUUUUACGCAAGUCUAUGUUCAAAACUAUAUUCAGUGCAAAACAGGUCCUCGAACGACUAGCGAUUUAAAUAACAGGGCAGUCGUGCUCUCCUCGACUUUAGACAGCGUUUGGGAGAUUCGUGAAUAGUCAAUGAAGACUGUAGAGAUGUAAAGCGCAAGGGAACCUGGGAAGAAAAGAGACAAGGCAGUCUCUCCCUUCACUGUUUAUCAGCAGAGUGAAGUAUUUGUACGAAGUAGAAACCUGUAUCUCUCAAACCCCUCAUUAUUCUAGGUUUGACAUCGUCCUUUGGCGGGCACUCACUUUACUGCUGUGAUUUCACAGUCCCUACUGUACCAUUUCUGCUGAUCUUAGGACGUCUAGGAGCGAACAGGAUAGCGAGUUUAAGCAUCACUAUUCGGUGAAUGCAAAAAUUGCUCUCUGAUAUACUCACUUUUCGUUUAAGCAAUGCUGUUGAAAAAAAGAAAAAUCUGAACUUCAGUGUUUUAAAGGCGAAAAGAGGGCAGACAUUUUUGCUAUUUUCUAUAAACAUCAUGUUUAAUUUCUCGUUGGAACUUCUCAGUAUGAUUUAUUUGUAUUUGAGAAUGUAUGUUAAUGAUUUCGUUUGCUAUCGUACUCAAAGACGGUUUAAUUUCUUCCUGCGUUCUCCUGUUUCAGAGAUCCAAGACCAAAGGAGGGAACGUCAAUUUUCCAUCAGAUCUGAAUGUGGAAGACUUUUUAUCAAAGCUUCACUAUGAGGUUUAAAAGAUUUCUUUAAUCAAGAAAUUAGAUGUAUUACAAAUUGAUAUUUUUAUUACAAAUUAGAAGAUGUUUAUAUAUUCAGAGAUAUUUUGAAAUAUUUAAGAUGCAUUGUUAUAAAUGAGAACACGCUAAGUACCCAUAAUACUGCUGUAAUGUGCUUUUGGUUAUGUAGUGUACAUGAAAACUGCUUUUGAAAAUGUAUUAGAUCUAAUUGGUUUUAUUUAGGUAAGUUCGCCCUUUAAACCCUAACAUCAGUAUGCAUAUUCUCCAUACUGUUCUGCACACAUUUCCUCACGUGCUAAUAAUAAAAAUUCGUUAAACAAUC